AUGAGUGGUAAUUAUACAGAUAACAGAUCUGGAAGUUCUACAAACCAUACUGGGGACAAUACAUCUUCAUUGUUUGAAGUUGAAAUCCUCAUUCCAGUUACUAUCAUUUGCAUUGUGUUGUUUGUUUUGGGUGUGACAGGGAACCUGAUAACAAUUUUAAUAUUCAAGAGGUACAAAGACAUGCGGUCUACAGUUAACAUGUACCUUUCCAGCAUGGCUGUCUCUGACAUUCUUAUUUUUCUUGGUCUGCCCUCAGACCUGUACAGGAUUUGGAAGUACAAGCCAUAUAUAUUUGGGGACUUUAUCUGCAAGUUUCUGAUCUACCUGAGCGAGACCUGUACAUACAGUACCAUUCUUCACAUCACCACCGUGAGUGUGGAGCGCUAUCUUGCAAUUUGUUAUCCAUUGAAGGCCAAGAUUAUGAUUACCAAAAAGAGGGUAAAAAUCAUUAUCUGUAUUUUGUGGUUCAUUGCUUUGGUAACUUCCGGACCAGUUUUAUUUCUUUUUGGUGUAGAGCACCCUCUUGGAGCUCAGCCUGCUGAAACUAUGGAAUGCAGGCACUUAGAAAGCUCCACCGAAAGUGGUCUUCUGCGGAUUGUCACUUGGGUAUCCACCAUAUACUUUUUCAUACCCACUCUUUUUUUCUCGUGCUGCUUUAUGGACUUAUCUGUAAGAAGCUUUGGAGGAACACACAUGGCAUUCAGGAGCCAGCUGCUACAAACAGAGGGAAACAUCACAAACAAACAGUUAAAAUGCUGGCUUUCGUUGUUCUGUCCUUUGUGCUGUGCUGGCUUCCUUUCCACGUUGGUCGUCUCUUGUUUGCCUGGACUGGAAUUGGAGAGUUCAUGUUAUAUCAUCUUACACAGUACUUUAACCUCAUAUCUAUGA